AUUAAUAAUUAUAGACUCAUAGUAGUUGCUAAUUCUCAGUUAAUAAUCUUUCAAUAUAGUGUUAUUCUUAAAAUUUAUAAUGAUUGUGAUUGUGCUUUAAUUUCUAACUCUUUAGUUAAAAUAAAAUUUAAAUCCAUGAUCAUAAAUAAUAAUAUGUAUGAUGAAUUAAGAAAUUUAAGAAUCACAAGUUGGCCUAAAAAUAAAUUGUUGAGUUAUAUACUAUACUAAAUCUUUGAUUAAAAAUUUAUUCACAUAUAUUGAAAAUGUGUUCAAAUGUAGUACCUAGCAAUUACUAAGUUAGACCAAAAAUAAUAAUAAUUUAUGGAAAAGUUGAAUAAUAUGCCUUGCAGUCCAAGGUUCAAACUCAGCACUCUCAGCGACUCGUCAUAACAAUGACCAAUCAAAAAAAAAAACACCAGGGCUAACGAGGUAAUUUAACUGAACGAGCAUUAAGCGUAUUUAAAUACACACACAGAGAGGCUUGGGUUCUUCGGAGAGUGAGAAAUACAAGGAACGUUGCAGAGCAGUUUCCGAUUCUCAUCUCUCUCUCUCUCUCUCUCUCUCUCCCCCACCGAUUAGGUUUUGCUCUCUCUUCUUACAUUACUCCCCCGUGUGUGUGCGUGAGUGUCUUCCUUGACCUUGCUCCAAAGAAGAGAGAUUAGUCAUGGUUGCUGAUUCCGUCACAGACUCUCAACUCUUCCAUGAGUCUCCGGUUUCGAGAGAUUUCGUCAAGAAACGGAAGGCGAAUUGGUUUUGGAAGCUGAAGCAGUGGAAGAUCGAUGCUCGUCGCAGGCAAUGGAUAUACCAAUGGAAGAGAGCAAGCGUAGGUGAAGCAGGGCUGAGAUCUCUGCGUGACAAGCUGAUUGAUAGAAAAACAGUAAAUGAUAGAGUUUCUUACCUUGAAUCUUGGAGUAUUGAUGAUCAUCAUGAUGGAUUACGAUGCUAUGAUGAUAGUGAUGACGAUGAGACUGAUCUGUCUGCUAGUAGCCCCACUAGUGUCCUCAAGAAUAAAGACUCCGAUACUAAUAAGAAUGUGCACGGCUGCUUCUGCUGUUCUAAUCAGAUCACUGAGGAAGAGGAAGAAGAAGCUUUUGAUGAUGCGUAUGACAAUUGGGAAGACUUUAGCGAUGCGUUGAACAGCUUUGAGAGCGACGAAGAUAGCCAGAGGAAAAAGAAGUCUUCUCCUCAUAAAGACAAGUGCAAGCAAGAAGCUUCACCAGAGAAGGCGAUUCAUCACAACGCCACCAGUAGAAAGAAGAAUAAGAAGAAGAAAAAGUCUGAUCAGAAGAAAGAAGGUGACGGUGAUGAUGAGAUGAGUGAUUGUCCUAUUUGCUCUGAAGGGAUGGAUGCAACGGAUCUAAGCUUCUUACCAUGUCCUUGCGGGUUUCGGCUGUGUCUCUUCUGCCAUAAGCAGAUCAACGAGAACGACGGACGUUGCCCAGCUUGCAGGAACAAGUAUGAGCAGACGAGUAGUCACAACAGUGGGGAAGUUAGUUUCCAGCAACGUGGCCGUGGUACAGUUCGUUUGUCUCCUUCGUUUAAAGGACUUGACAUAGCUUAAGAGAGAGAGAGGAGAGUUUUCAUGGAACGUUUAUAAGCUUUUUGUUUUACUUUAGUAUCUCAGUUUCUCAUCAGGAACAACAGUUUUGUUUAGAUUAUCAUCUCAGGGAAUAAAGGAGUGUAGACUGGUAUAGAGAUGCAACUACGGUAGAUGCAUUACUGUAAAACUCAGUCUCAUUACAUUUUUUACAUUACACAACAGCUUUUUUGACUAUGGUAACA